GAUUACAGGAGCUGCCUGGCAUUACUCUCUACCUGGGUGCGGUUGGAAUUUUCUUCCUUCAGCCACUGUUACUGAGGUCUCAGCUUCCAUACAGGAUACCAAUAAGAUCUUUGGAAGAAUAUUCAUAGAGCCAUAGAGUUUAAGGCCAGAACAGACCAUCUAGUCUCAUCUCCUGUAUAUCGUCAGAUACCAGCACUACCCAGCACCGCACGCUAAACCCAACUCCCUAUUGACGGCUGUUCUGUGAGUCACCAUGGCUUCCAAGCCUCCUCCAGGCUGCAAUGAGAACAUUGACUCUGACUAUUAUUUACUCUGUGACACUGAACAAGCCUGGGGCAUCGUCCUAGAAACACUGGCUACAGCUGGUGUCAUUGUCACAAUCAGCUUCAUUCUCUUGCUACUCAUCUUCAUCGGUAAGGUCCAAGACUCCACCAAGCGAAGCAUGAUCCCUAUCUAUUUCCUCUUCCUCUUAGGCACCCUAGGGAUCUUCGGCCUCACCUUUGCUUUCAUCAUUAGACUUAAUGUCCGGACCGGCCCCACCCGCUUCUUCCUCUUUGGCGUCCUCUUCGCCCUCUGCUUUUCCUGCCUCCUGACCCAUGCCUUCAACCUUGUCAAACUGGUGAGGGGGAAGGCCCCCUUUUGGUACCCAGUGUUGCCGGUUAUUGCCAUUAGCCUCACUGUGGUGCAGAUUAUUAUAGCCAUAGUGUAUGUAGUCGUCAUAGUGGCCAGACAAAAUAUUCAAUUUACUACGAUGAGUCCAGAACAACGCAAUAUGGACUUUGUCAUGCUUCUGAUCUACGUGCUCCUCUUGAUGGCACUCACCUUCCUGGUCUCCAUGUUUACCCUCUGUGGGACAUACAAACGCUGGAAGAAGCAUGGAGCACACAUCUAUGUCACUGGCCUGUUCUCCAUAGCCAUCUGGGUGGUGUGGAUCACCAUGCUCAUGCGAGGCAACCCAGAAUUAAAGAAACGGCCCAUCUGGGAUGAUCCUGUCAUCAGCAUCGCUCUGGUGUCCAAUGGAUGGGUCUUCCUGAUGAUGUACAUGGUGCCUGAAUUCUGUUAUCUCACAAGCCCACGCAACCCUGAGGACUACCCUCCAGAAAACUAUUCUUGCCAGCCUAAACUCAUGAAGAAGAACUUUGGAGUGGAGAACCAAGCCUAUAUCAAGGAGGAGACCACAACAGGCCCAGAAAACAACGGGGAUCCAUGCUACGUUCCACAUUAUGCUCACUUUCAGAUGGAGAGCCUCAAACCUCAGCAGGAGUUCUCCAUCCCCCGGCCUAAAACCCAGGUCAGUCCAUACAAGAAUUACACCAGCGGGCAAGGCACCAAGUAACAGCUCAGUGAUCAGCCAAGAGACAAUGCACAGGCAGUCGGGGCUCAGAGAAAGACCACUGCUUCUAUCCUGCUAAACAGAGACAGAACCAGACUGAUAGGACUGCGGCUGAUGAAAGGGACGGACCCUUUUCUUCCCCAUCUCCCUUUGGCUUUACGCAUGCAGCACUUUAAUUCCCUUCCAUUCAUCCAGCAGAGCACUUUGAACAUAAAUCCCCCUGCCUACUCCUGUUCACUCAGUUCCCUGCCCUCAAUCAUGUGACUGAACUCAGCUGUUCUUGUCCAGAGGCAGUGGGUUUCUGAUGGCACCAGAGCUUCCUGCAGUAAGGCCCAGGAACCAGGAACCUUUUCAGCAGAGACCCCAGGCCACUCAGUCCUGAUCACCUUAGCAUCCUUGUGCGCACUGCCAGCUGGUAAACUGAAACAAGCAGGAAUUUUCAGAAAUCACCUUCCGACUGCCUUCUGACACCCAGGGCCCAAAGUCUCAUGUAUUGCUGAAAGUACCUGACCCAUACAGCACUGAUCCACCCACGUACUGCAGCCUCUCUGUCUCUAGUUCCAUAGCACUGACUCACAGCUAGAGCUGGCUGGCAAAGAGAGAGAAUCUUUCUUUCUUUCUUUCUUUCUUUCUUUCUUUC